CUAUAUCUCUCAAGAAGCCAAACCCGCUUUCUCUUUCUCUACGAACAAGCGUAGAUAUCGUAAGCAGCUAGGGUUUGCUCGAUUCUUAGUUCUAUUUAAAUUUUGUUCUUUUUAUUUAUUUAUUUUGAUUAUUUAUCGUCUAUUGUUUGUUUUUGUUAUUGGAUUUAAUCGGUUGUUUUUUUCUGUUUUAAUCCGCUAUCAAGCAAUUUAUUUUUAUGUCAGAUCUUAUAGAAUCGAAGUUAGAUUAAUAAAAAAAAACAUCGAUAAUUAUUUGAGAUUUUUGCUAAUUACUUUUUUUAAGUUGGUUAUUAAUGUUAUGUUUAGAUUAAGCAUCUAUUUUUGCUCAUUAUUAUUAAUAAAAAAACCGAUGAUUAAUUUGAAAGUUUUCCUAAUUUUUUGUUAUUAAUGUUGAAAAACAAACAUGGGCAAUUGUUUAUUGUGUAGAUUAAGUGAAUCUUUGGUGAUGUUAGAUGAUGGGUGAGCUGCAACCGUUGUAAGGAUUUUUGUUUCUUAAGCUCUAGAUGCGCAUGAGCUCUAUUUGUUGGUUUUGAAAUAGUGAUGGCUUUGAUGUUAGGGAAUCGUUUUUUCAUGUGUGUUAUGAUAAUGUUGAAAAGGAAGCAAGAUCAAUUUGAUUGGAACUAGGAUACGGGUUUGGACUACAGUUCGAAGACUUUUAUUGCAGUGAUGUCUGAUGCUAGAUUUAGGCUUUUUGUGUGUGUGUGUGUGUGUGUUUGUGUUUGGCCUUUUCUGCUCAGUGUUAUUUCAGCACAAGAUGAUGGUAUAGUGGACACCAACUAUUUUGGUAUUGAGGCUUGCUAGACUGGAACCUGCAGGUGGUGGUGGUGCUGUCUGCAGAUUUUCAGGGUGAAGUGUGUCGAAGUUGAGGUUUCUUUUAUGUCCAUACAGGCCAUUUCGUUUUUGGGAGAGAUUGGAUUGCUUGGAGAGUAUACUCCUUCAUUAAGGAAAAAGGGCAGACCCUUGUCUGAUAAAGUUGGCUGCAUGCAUCUCGGACCAUUUAAAGGAUACCCUGAGUUUAGUGGUUGCAGUUGGGUGCAACCUUACCUGAUUGCUGAAAAACAGUCUUCUCUUUUUGAAGAAUCUUCAGAAGACAUCAUAGUUGCUACCCUCUCUUUGCAUUCUAGCAUUGGCUUUCAGUGACAUCUUCUAAGUUUGUUUUGUGAGUCUGUUUUACAGUGAUCAAGAUGGCUUUGCAGAAUAUUGGGGCUUCAAACAGUGAUGAUGCCUUCUAUAGGUAUAAGAUGCCCAAGAUGGUUACCAAAGUCGAGGGCCGAGGAAAUGGCAUCAAAACAAAUAUUGUCAACAUGGUUGAAAUUGCAAAGGCUUUGGCAAGGCCAGCUUCUUACACUACAAAGUAUUUUGGUUGUGAGCUUGGUGCCCAAUCCAAGUUUGAUGAGAAAACUGGGACUUCACUUGUCAAUGGCUCUCAUGAAACGGCAAAACUUGCUGGGCUUCUUGAGAACUUCAUCAAGAAAUAUGUUCAAUGUUAUGGCUGUGGAAAUCCUGAAACUGAGAUAAUCAUCACCAAAAGCCAGAUGCUUCAACUAAAAUGUGCUGCCUGUGGUUUUGUAUCUGAUGUGGAUAUGAGGGACAAGCUCACCACUUUCAUUCUGAAGAACCCUCCUGAAUCAAAGAAGGGAGCAAAGGACAAGAAGGCAUUGAGGAGGGCUGAGAAGGAGCGUCUUAAGGAAGGUGAAGCUGCUGAUGAGGAGCUGAAGAAACUGAAGAAAGAAGGUAAGAAGAAGGGAUCUUCUUUAAAGGAUGGCCCUGCAAAAGCUAGCUCUACAAAGAAGAAAGCAAACAGCUCCGAUGAGGAACGUAUGUCACCAACUCACAGCCAGGUUGAUGAGAAGGAAGAGGUUGUUGAUGAUGAUGAUGAUGUCCAGUGGCAAACUGAUACGUCUCUAGAGGCAGCUCGCCAGCGCAUACAAGAACAGUUGAGUGCUGCGACGGCUGAUAUGGUCAUGCUUUCAACAGAAGAGACAGAAAAGAAGGCAAGGGCACUCAGCAAAGAAAACGGCAGUCCAAAAGUUGCUUCACCAGCCCGGGAGGAAAAACCAAAAGCUGAGAAUGGGAGCCCAAGUACCCACGGAACUCUUGUCAAUGAGUUGAAGUUAAGCCUAAGGAAAGGAGUUUCUGCAAGCCAGUUAAAGUCCACUCUCAGCGCUCUCACUGGGUCUGCUCAGGAAAAGAUGGAUGCUCUGUUUGAGGCAUUGUUUGAGGGUGUUGCAAAAGGAUUUGUGAAGGAGGUUGCCAAGAAGAAGAACUAUCUGGCUGCUGCUGUCACUCAGGAUGAGGGAUCACAGUUGCUUCUGCUUCGAGCAAUUGGGGCAUUCUGUGGGAAGUCAGGCUCAAGUGCAAUGAAGGAAGUGGCUCUUAUCCUGAAAACACUCUACGAUGCUGAUGUCCUGGAGGAAGAAUACAUUGUGCAGUGGUAUCAAGAAGGGCUAAAGGGAAGCAACAAAGAUUCUCAGAUUUGGAAGAAUGCUAAGCCCGUCAUUGAAUGGCUCCAGAAUGCUGAAUCCGAAACCGAGGAAGAAUAAUGUGCCUUUCUCUUGCUUAAUUCCCGAGCCCGAGUCUGUCAUGAUGUUUGCGGUAUGAAUAAAUGAUGUCUCUUUCCUUUAGUGUCUUUGGUUUGAGUUUACCUGAACCCUAGGAGGGUGGGUCAUGGAGGGUUACUAUUUAUGUUGCAGUGAUAUGGUCUACUGCAAGUUUGGUACUUCCAUGGGUGUGGUGUGCUUGUCUUGCCUUUAAUGGUUUUCUUUUGCAAUAAAAAUGUCUAUGAACAUGUUCUACCA